CCGCAAACAAGAAUUGAAGUAAUAACGAGUUGAAACGUUAGUGUUAUAAGCCGGGUCAACAUGGAACCCGUGAUUAAAUGUCAAUGUAUAGUGCUUCGCUGUUUUCCUUCCUAGAAGUUUUUACAAAUGACACAGAAUAAUGAAGCGCUCGAAGAUCCAGAUGAUAAAAGUUUUUAUAUUUCUGUUGAUCUUCCAACUAAAACAGAGCGCAGUAUGCAAUGAAAGUUUUAGGAUAGGCAGGGAUAUACCUGAUCCAACGGAAAACAAAAAUGUUGAAACAGUAAAAAAAGAUAACGCACAUAAUUCUUUAGAUGGAGAAAAAUACCAACAAAAUGCAGUAUUAUCUGGUGGCACAACGAUACUAGAGAAUAAUAGAACGGUUGAUAAUAUAACCUCAAAACAAACAGAUGAUAAUAAAACUGCACAUACCACAGAAACGCGAAAAGAGCAUGUGGGUGAAGGACAUGCAACUUCUUUAAAUGCUGGAGCUCUGAAGCGUGGUUUUUAUGUGUUUGUGGGGCUAAGUGUUCUUGUCUUGGCCUAUAUCGUGUUCCGUAGCUUUAGGUUAAAUAAAACACGUGCCCAAAUGGUCAGAAAAUAUGGUGUUCUCGCACAUAGACAAGAUGUUGAGAUGCGACCAUUACCAUUGGAUGAAGAGGAUGAUGAAGAUACUACUGUUUUUGAUGCUAGUAAUGUUUUAACAAAUAAUGUUCAACAUCAAAAUUUAUGAAAAUAAAUAACAUAAGAUAUAUUAAUUAUAUUGUCACAAAUUUUAAGUUAUAUAAAAAUUAUAAAUAUUUUUUCAAAAUAUGGUGGUAUUUAAAAAUCAAAAUAAACAUCAUAACUUUUGUUAUAUAUCACACAAAAUUGUUUGCUUGAUUUGUGAAAUUUUAACAAUCAAAUAUGCAAAAUAUUUAAAGGUAUGUUUGUCUUUAAAAAUUAUAUUUCUGGUAAUAUUAUAUAUUUUAUUAUAUGAAUGGAAAUGAAAAUGAAGUGAUCUUAUGAAAUUUUUUUGAUUUCUUAAUUUAAGUAAGUGAUAAGAAAAAAAUUUUAAGUACCCAUUAAACAAAUGAAUAAUGGGUAUUCUACUAUCUAUAUCUACUCUUAUACAAAUUAUAUUUUACUUAAACUGUGUUGUUAUAAUUGAAAUUAUACAAAUACAGAUUGUCUCUAUUUUAUUUAAUACUACAUUUAAUAAAUGUUAUGUAUAAAAUGCA